GGCUCUAGACAUAAUAAGUCAUCGCAGACCAGGGCCCUAGGUUUAUGCUUCACUGGAGGAAGUUUAGAAACUUCAAGCUGAAUUCUGUCGAGUAUUUUAUGGCAUAUUUUAAGUUUCCAGUGUAAUGAGACAUUCUGAGCUUAGAACGAGUGCCCUUGAUGGCUAAGUGCUACAUGCGUUUCCGCCAUUGCGAGCCAAUCGACCAUACCACGGAAGCUGGCGACAGAGCUAUCCGAGGCUCUGGAUUCAAUACCCACGGUAUACUCAGCCUCCCUCAGCAGCAGCCUCCCUUGGCGUCUGCUGCUGCUUCCGAUGCUGUUUUCUUAGGAGUCAAGAGCCAGUUGUUUGCAACCCAAGCAGGCAGCAGCAGCAGCAACGCGUUGUUCUUCGGCCCGGGCUUCUAGAAGUAUUCUUCUGCAUGGAAUUUCUGUGCCAUACCGGAAGUAAUUGGCUAGAAUGGCAGCUCUCUUGCUUUCCAGAUCUUUCGCCGGGGUUCUGAGAUUUACCUCCAGCUUCCUGGGUAGGCAGCAGUGUCACCGGGACGGCUUGCAUUAAAUAUUUUGGUGGAGAAAUAGGAGGAGCUAUUAGGGUAGAUGCCAGCGCUGCAGCCAUCCUCUGCCUGUGAUCGUUGGUUGGAUGGCCAGCAAUUCCAAGCUAUGAAGGCACAAUAAUGCGGUAAUAACUAUUAAAAGCCUGAGACCUCAAUCGAGCAUGCGUGACCAUGUUGCCUAGAUCAAACAAAAUGGGGUAUAUCAGGGACGUCUUCAUGCGAGUUAAGAUCUUGUAUAUUACAACGCCAGGCGCAACAUGGGAGUAACUAUAUGCACUCCUCUCCCAGUUAGCGUUGUAGCACAACACAACCCAGGGCUUGUUUCACAUAUUCUCGGCUGGUAACAAGAACACUCUGGAUAAUCUGAUGCUUAACCGCCCGACUGGGGUCGACAAACUUGUCCUAUUAAUAGGACUGCUGUGAGUAUAUUUUUGCCUAUUAGUUAUGCAGGGAUGGUUAACUUGUAACAACACCAGCCCCGGCGCUUAGAGGCAUAGACACUGCUCCCUGCCUGUUUGUCCCCCCAACAAGCAACCACAUCGUGGAUAAAUAUUUUCUCUGGUCUCUAGCUUCUUCAUCUUCUUUCUCCUUACAUACCGGCAGAGACACUUUCCGUGUUCACCUAUCAUUGCAUCCAAAUUACCUUUUAUCCCCAACAUACUGGAUACUGUACGCCUUCAAAAUGCAGGCGGACCUAGUAUGUGAUACGAGUAACAUCGACCACCAAAACCAUAAGGACAGCCCGGCUACCACUUCGAUGGAUGAUCAGAUUCAAAAUUUUGUCAAUCACUCUGGUGAUACGUCAUCCAAACUUGGUGAUCCCGAUCCAUCCGACUCUAACUCUACCAACUGUAUCAGACCAGACCAAGACGACUCGAUAAAUGAAGAUGAUGCCGAGGAGCUUCCUUGUCACCUGGAAUUAUUUGAUCUAAAGUACCCCGCCGAUGGAUCGGGAUAUGCUGCCCCAGCCAAUGGAUACCAAGAAUGGAAUGUUGGUUUAAAGCACCUGAUGAACAAGCGAAAUCAUGAAAUCAAGAAGUGCCGUGAAGCAAAAAGAACCAGAUGCUUAGCUCAGGGCCUCCCUGCGGAAAGCCUAGAGUCUCGACGGCUGAGGAAAAAGACUCGGGUUCGAAAUUUAGCUUCUUGGGUAUUUGAGGAUAAAGCAGCCACCUCCUUUACUAUUUGCACCAAAGGGGAGAGGCAAGUGCCGAGCGAAGAUGAUCUGGGAAUUACGGAAGAUGAUGUGGGAGACCUUCCUAUUCACUGUGACAUACUUCAUCUGCGAUACCCUGCUGAUGAAUCAGGAUAUGCAGCUCCAGCCAAGGGAUACCAAGAAUUUCAGGACAGCAUUAAAGAGAAGAGGUAUAGAAGCAGGAGAAUGGGCAAAGCAAAAGACGCAGGAAUGCGUCAACAGUGCCUGGAUCAGGAUCUCCUAGCCGAAGAUUCAGAAGAUAGGCAGCACAGAGAGUACCCCCGCGCAAGAUGGCGAGCUGAAAAAGAAAUGCUAGGCGAGGAUGCAUCUGAUAUAGAUACGUCGCUUAGUGACGAUGAAUUUGCGUCUGCCCCUUGGGUGUUUAAAGAGCUAAUUGGCCCUCGACUGUCUGGUGAUAGGCGCGUAAAAAACCAUUCCAGAACUCCUCCUAAUCCUUUACGUGAAACUAUGGAUACAUCUGAAAAUAUCUCACCUGAGGACCAGGAGAUACAGCAGAAAGUGGCUAGGCUCAGGGAGUCAAAAUAUCGUGUCUUUUCCAAGCCAGGCCCACGCAAUUUCAUUCCACUAUUUGAGUUUGAGAGGUUGACAAGAGAAGAGAGACGAGCCAAAGGUAUACCUACACCUCCUCGUUCGCCAUCACCUCUACACUCGCUCUUCGAUGGGUGUGUUGGUGAUGGACCAAGAGUACCAGAGCUUCAAGAAACCGAGGCUGAAAAUAUACCAAUCAACGAUCAUGGGGCUGACGCUGGAGAAUCAUCCCCAACAAAAACCCACGAUCAUCUAGACAGAGUCAUUCCCCCCCAUUUGCAACCCACAGUAGAGCCGGGUGAGGAUGAGUCCAUUUUUUCUAUCCAGCAGAGCCAAGGCACUGAGAAUAUGAAUGAAAAAGAGGCAGUGACCGAACCCCAAGGGAUAAAGAAUCAAGAUAAGAGCCAAGAAGCUUCACGCACCGAAGUACUAGCUGCUAAUACCCUAUCUCGGUCAAGUCGCAUUUCUGCGGACAUGCCGAAGUAUACUAGCGGGGAACCUGGGUCACCUCGUUACCGUAAGCUAUCCAUUGAUGUUUCGACAGAUGAUGAGUUACUCAUGUAUGACAAAAUGUACGGUACCAAUAUUCGCGUGGAGCCUAUGGACCCUGAUGACACUGAUGUCGUUAUGAUGUCCGAGUUUGAUUUUAUGGAAUGGCGCAUGGGCAUCCCUACUUCUCCAAGUUCCGCACUCUCACCAUCCGAGAGUGCCUCCACGGAAACUUCUUUAGGUAGCUCAUAUGAGCGGGUGAAAAAACUAAGGCACCCACGUGUUGGUCAAAAAUGGAAUAGGCGGCGUCCACAACUCGCCAGUCCAAAACAAGAGACUAGAAAGAGGCACUGGGGUAAUUUUGGCCGAUAUUGCUCUUCGGAAGAGGAGACUGAAACAGAGGUAACUAGAAGUGAUACCAAGCACCGUACAAGGAAGGGAUAUAGGGAACAUAGACGAGCAGUUCCUGUGCAAGAUACAAGCGAAGAUGUGAAUAUCAUUAUCGAUCUUUAUCUGAACAUAGACCCCGAACUCCAAGCAAAAGUCAGCUACGGUAAACAAAAGUCUGGGGAUUGCAAUUUAGGGGACUUCACUAAGAGUCCCGUAGAUGCGCCUGCGCCUGAGCUAGAGGCGCAAAGGGAUUGGUUUAACAUUGGUCUGGAGAGUGAGACUAUCAUGACAGGUCUAGUCGGCCUUGCUGUUGGAUUAGCUGCUGGAAUGGCGUUUCGACGAUUCAAGUAG